GGAGGGAGGAGAAAGGAACAAGUCGAGGGAAAACGGAGGGGAGGAGAGAGAGAGAGGGAGAGAGAGAGGGGAGAAAAAAGACGAGGCGAGUCCGCACUGUGGAGAGGGUGAGGUGAGCGAUGUCCUACGCCGAGUAUUUCAUCUCUAACACGGGCAGUCGCCGUCGUCGCAGUCGCCCCCCGCCUUGAACCGGAGUGGGAAGGACAACGCCGAAGCCGCUGUGAUUGGAGGAGAGAGAGAGAGACCGCCGCUGGCUACCAGUAUGGACGCGCGACAUCCUGGAGUUUCCCACAAUCCUUAGGUCCCUGCUUGGUUUCCAAUUGGAUCCGCAGCUGAGUCCCCUGAACCCCUAAACGCCGGUGCACGACUGAUCUCCUGUCAGGUGACCUCGCCACGUGCCGCCAUGAUGUCGGUGGACGUGGCCAACCGGAACUGCGCGGCCGCCACGCCUCCCACCUCGCUCAGCCUCCGCUCCUCCCACAACCAGCUGCUGAGCGCCGGGGACGCUGUCCGCCAGGGCUCGGCCACGCCUCCAAAGUGUCGCAAAAAGUACGCGCACACCAGCAUCCAGGCCGCCAUGGGCCUCGGGGAGGCCGCGCCGCCGUCCUCGUCUUCCUCCUCGCCCUCCUCCCCGCCGGUGUCCCCGACCCCCAGCAACCCCAAACUGGCCAAGAACGGAGUGAACCAGCUGCGCAAAGCCAGCCGGGACCACAACAAGAACGCCACGGACCCGGAGCCCGAGGCCGCGGCGGACGAGCUCAACGUCAACGCGGCCGAGGAAGAGGAGAGCCAUGCGCUCACCAACAACGACCGGGAGGAGGAGGAGGAGGAGGUGGAGGAGGAGCAGGAGGAGGAGUUUGAGCUGAUCUCGAACGCUGAGCCCGAGCAGAAGAGUGAGUCAGACAUGGACUGUGACGUCAGCGCGCCCGCCGAGCUCCAACUGAAAGGUAUCGACCUGAACGUUGACGCGGAGGAGAGCGACGACAUCAGCAUCCUGUCCGAGAAGGACACGAUGUCGAAGAUGAAGAUCCAGGAGCACGGCGACAACGAGGCGGAGGACGAGGAGGGAGAUGGGGAGAAGAAACCUCUGCUGUCGAUGCGCGGCGAGUCUCCCCUGCAGAAGCUUGACAUUUCCCCGGGGGCGGAGCUCAUCUCCGACCUCCGCUCCAACCUCAAGCUCCUCAGGUCGGGCGGGAAGGACUCUCCGAUGCCCCCUCCGCCUUCGCCACCCAAGCACGCCAGCCCGGAGGACGCGCCGCUGCUCUCCGUGGCCUCCCGCUCCUCCUCCUUCUCCUCCUCCUCAUCGCCGGAGACGAAGAAGGACAGGCGGACGGGGGCCAAGACGGACUGCGCUCUGAACCGCAUCCAAAAUCUGAACCCUAGCGACGAAGAGUUGAGUUGGACCACGCUGUCCCAGGAGAGUCUAUGACUUCCCCCCCCCCCCCCCCCCAAUAUCUGGAGCGAACAGUCGGUCCAAAAGGACACCGACCUCCCGCCGGGAUGGAAAAAAAACACGGACAUGGGCGGCGUCUACUACUGGCACAUCCCCACUGGGCCCACCCAAUGGGAGAAACCCGCGGCCAGCGCGGGACCCCCGGGGGCGGCCGAACCCCCGGCGCCGGGCGAGCAAGCGGCCUCCGCGUCACGCAAGCACUUCCCGGGGUCCCUCAGCCCCUCGCCCACCCCGGACCACGAAGCGUGCCAGGCAGAGGUCUUCUUCAGGGGCUCGACCCGCUCGGGCAGCACCACCUCCGACAGCUCGGCGGAGCCGCUCUCCGCUCACGAACCCGCCCUCGCCACGUGCGGCUUCGUCAACAGCUGCUACUUUCCCCGCUCCUCACCCCUGCAGGGGAUGCCCGAUCCCGAGUGCCGCUCCCUGCUUCUCGAGGACGAGGACAAGAAACGGGUGUGGAGUGAUUUUGGCGGAAAGAUUGAUAGUGAGGUGUGGAAGGACCUGCAAGCGGCCACGGUGAACCCCGACCCCAGUCUGAAGGAGUUUGAGGGCGCGACGCUUCGCUACGCAUCACUCAAGCUAAGGAACCGUCCAGCAGUGGAAGACGAGCAGUCCAGCAGCGCUAACAGAGACCCAGAGACAAAAUGCUUCGCUGUGCGCUCUCUGGGGUGGGUGGAGAUGGCGGAGGACGACUUGGCUCCCGGAAAGAGCAGCGUCGCCGUGAAUAACUGCAUCCGGCAGCUGUCCUACUGCAAGAAUGACAUCCGAGACACCGUCGGCAUCUGGGGAGAGGGGAAGGACAUGUACCUGGUGCUGGAGAACAACAUGUUGAACCUGGUUGACCCCAUGGACCGCGGCCUGCUCCACUCUCAGCCAAUCGCAAGCAUCCGUGUGUGGGGUGUCGGCCGGGACAACGGCAGAGAGAGGGACUUUGCAUAUGUGGCGCGGGACAAAAACACCAGGAUCCUGAAAUGUCAUGUGUUCCGCUGUGACACGCCGGCCAAAGCCAUCGCCACCAGCCUGCACGAGAUCUGCUCCCGGAUAAUGACGGAGCGAAAGAACGCCAAAGCGAUGGCGGGCUCUCUGCAGGACAGGAUGCAGGCGGGACUAGAUCUCCCUUUACAAGCAGAGUUCCCCACACCAAAGACGGAGCUGGUCCAGAAAUUUCAGGUGCUCUACCUCGGGAUGCUGCCCGUGGCGAGACCAAUAGGCAUGGAUAUCCUUAACGGGGCUAUAGACAGUCUGAUCGGCUCGUCCAGCAGAGAGGACUGGACGCCCGUGGCCCUCAACGUGGCCGACGCUACGGUCACCAUCAGCAAAGACCAGAACGAAGAGGACGUGCUGGUCGAGUGUCGCGUUCGAUUCCUGUCUUUCAUGGGCGUCGGGCGGAACGUGCACACCUUCGCCUUCGUCAUGGACGCCGGCGGCCAUCGCUUCGACUGCCACGUCUUCUGGUGCGAGCCCAAUGCCGGGAAUGUGUCGGAGGCUGUGCAGGCGGCUUGCAUGCUGCGGUACCAGAAGUGCUUGGUGGCCCGGCCCCCCUCCCAGAAGGCCUGCGGCUCGCUGCCCCCCGCUGACUCGGUGUCGCGUCGGGUAUCGACCAGCGUGAAGAGAGGCGUGCUGUCCCUCAUCGACACCCUCAAACAGAAGAGGCCCGUCGGCGAGCUGCCGCAGUAACGCCCGCCUGCCAGAACCCAGAGUUGCCAUGGUGACAAGUCGCACGGCCGCCCCCGAAACCCAUCGCCACCGCCAGACCCCAGUGAAGACGCAGCCGACCACGAGGGGGGGGGAGGGUUUGUGGAAACGCCUUUGCUUUCUCUGAACUAAAAUUGGAAUUUUGCCUGAAGAGUUUGUCGGCUCCGGGGGCGAAAUUCAAAUUUUUCCGGCGAAAUACGAGAUGAAUAAAGACUGUAAUCCACAUCGAGAAGGAACAACCACGGAGAAACACGCGAUGUGGUAGACGUGUACAUAGACGUGACUCUCAGCCCCCCUCAGUGCAGAGGAGGGAGGUGAUGAGAGGAGGAACUAGGAGGGAGGUGAUGAGAGGAGGAACUAGGAGGGAAUAGGAAAUGCUGCUCUCAGCACAGCAGACUCAUUGUGCUCUUAUUGUAUUCGUGUCCGUGCUGCCAGCAUGACCUCGCACACCUGGCCACGCCCCCCACGUCACCCCCCGGUUGUCCUGUCUGUAGUGGCUGUUCCCCCUGUGGACUAUAACGCGUCGGCGGAUGGAAGGACGCAUUCUUAACGAGUUAAAGAAGGAAAUAUUAGGUGGUCAGUCCGCACACACUAACCCGAUCCUGCAUGAUCGUUUCGUAUCAAAGUGAAUAUAAACACACUGCUGCUGCUUACAGGAGGAUUAGAAAUCUGAAGCCAAGUUGUUGUUUGUCCGUGUCUCUCUUGUUUCUCGUAAGCUGUGCGAGGGUCGGCGUGGAGGGUCCAAACGAGCGGUGACCGUUCACCCGAAACAUCCUGCAUGCGCCUCCUGUUUACCGUUGUCCUUCUGUCUUUCUUUCGUUGGCCAUGUGGGAAAACGAUAGCCGAUAGCCAUAACCGAGAAGGAGCCGCAGGGACGGACUGACUUCAGUAUGUAUGUCCUCAGAGACUUCAUGUCCACUUAGCAUGACAGGACUCUCCCAGGUCGACGCCUGUUUGUUGUCCUCAUGGCCUCUUUCUCACUGUACCGCUGCAACUAGCUCUUCAUCAUCGCAUAUCCGACCAUGCCGGAUGCCCGGUAAUGACUAUCAAAGUUUAUUACAACUAACAUCAUAGAGGCAUGUUCUACCUUUAGGCAGUUCUCUUUGAAUGUGAGGCAGAAGACUGAUGCUAAGCUAGGACAACCGGCCGUUAGCUGCACCGGCCCGUCUGUCAGGCUUUAGGAUUGCUGGUCUGUAGCAAGGCUUUUCUUUUUUUUUAUAUCAAUUUUACAAAUCUAAUAGUAUAGUUUGCUGCAGCUGGUCAGCUAUAUUCAUGGGUUAAAAAAGGAAAGCAUAUCUUUAUCUCAGCGCUCUGCUGGAUUUGAGGAAGUUUACACCCAGCUAAUGUUCUAGUAAAAGUAUUGAUAAAAAUGAUCAUGAAAUGUUUUCAGGUGAUUCGCGGUGUUUAAGGUUAAAGGUUCGCUCCUUACCUUUUCAGCCAAAUACCGUUUUAAUUGUGGAAGUUAAAAUUGUCUCAACCAGAGUCGGUAAAAGGACGCUAACGCCGGGGAAUUAGCCGUGCGCUCUUAUUGCCCUAAAGAGGUUAAAGGGUCACCAAAAUGACCAUCAAUGCUGUCGCCAUAUCCAAGACCCCAAUUCUGGCCUUUCACAAUAAGAUAUCCCACUUCAACGCCUCCAAAUAGUGCAAUAAAAGCUCCUUCAUCAUCAUUGCCCGAAACCCCUCACACAAAAGCUUUAGGCGCCUUUAACGAGUGUUUCCAACAGACUUGUGGACUUAGCGUUAGCUUAAUCAGCCACAUAACUCGCCAGCGAAUUGAUGAAAAUCUGCUCGCAACAGUUUUCACAUUUUUGCCGCUAAAAUCAAAGGUCUGCAAGAUCUAAAGGAAAUAAACAUAUAGUCAUUUAUACUUAAAACCACCUUUAUUCAAAACUGAAUGUGGUGAAGUGGAGCUUGACGGCGUAGCAGCAGUUUCAACCCGUGCCGAGCUUUGGACCCGUUAACCUGCAGUGCAGAUAACCAGGAGAGUCAUGGACAUUCAGCCCAGGAUGACGAAAUGUGAACCAGAUUACUCAAAAUGUUUGUGUACAAAACGUCAAAUCUAUUGUAACAUUUGGCAUUAAUCAUUAUUAUAAGCUAUCUUUUCAUUUUUAAAUGUCUCGUUAUUUUCUUGUAAUGAAAUGCCUUCCUUUUUGAUUACUCACCAAAUGGCCAAAGUGUAAAAUAGUGAUUAUAACGUUACAUUGUUGUAGAUAAGAAAAAAUGCCAGAGCGAAUAAUGAAACCAGGAGAGAUGAUUGGAAAGUUUCACAGUUGUCGAUUCCGUUUUAUGCUGAAUUUAACUGAGCAAUUAUCUAUGCAUUCUUUUGAUCUCGAGAAAAUGGAAAGUCGUGAACAGCCUCGCAUGCCGUUGGAUGGUUGAAAGAGCGACUGUAUGUACUGAACAGAAAUAUUUUUUAUUUUAUUUAUUCUAUUUUAUAAAGGUAUAUACUGAUUUUAUUAGUUGGGGCAACGAACGUCUCUCGACGCCGUGUCAUUGUCUCAGUUCCCGUUUUACUCACAGCGCUACAACGAGCUCCUUAUCGCAAGGAAAUAGGCGGAUAAAGGAAUUCAUCUCCGCCGUGUGAAGUGUAAUGAGAGCCGGGAGUCCGCCGCUGGUCUUUGCGGGUCGAUGGAAGUCGAGCGGUGGAAGAUGGCGAUGGCGGUAACAAUAUUGGACUUCCGGCGUCUCCGUCAAGCUCACUUGCUUAAACGACAACAAGCGCACACCUUUCCCACAGAAGGAUGCGUCAGCUCCUGUUUGCUGUUCACCUGUUUGUACACUUUGUCAAUGUAAUCAAUUGUGAGAAUAAACAGCAUAAUAAACCGGAA